AUGGCUGGCGGAGCUGCAGAUUGUCUUUAUUGGGAACGUGUUUUGUCAAAGCACUGCAGGUGUGAAUGUCAUUCUCCCCUUACGUAGAAUGAAUAGGUUGUUCGAACUCCGAAAUAAGGAGAGGAUGUCAGUGGCUGCCGCCUCGAAGCUUCUGUCUAAUAUGCUUUAUAAUUACAAGGGAAUGGGCAUUUCUCUUGGCUCGGUCAUUGCUGGUUAUGACAAGAUGGGUCCCGGGCUGUACUACAUAGACAACGAUGGCACAAGACUCACCGGCGACUACUUUUCUACUGGAUCUGGCAGCCCUCACGCAUAUGCCAUCCUCGACCCCGGAUACAAAUUCGACAUGAGCACCGAAGAGGCCAUUGAGCUAGGUCGCAGGGCCAUUUACCACGCAACGUACCGAGAUCCUGCAUCAGGAGGAAUAAAUAACCGUAAGUGGAGUUCUUUAGAGCGCGUAAUCCUUUGAAUUCUAGUGUACCACAUAACCAAGGAUGGUUGGGAGUUCAUUGGAGCUGUGGACGUUUCCGAUCUCCACGCCAAAUAUUAUGCACAUGCCACUGCUUGA